AUGGGCUACCUAACCAAAAUAGCCAUCCCGUUUAUUCUUCUAAUGAUAAGUGAUAACGUGCCAUUUGUGCGAAGCUUUUUUACCUCAAGCGGUGGUGGCGAAAUGGCCCAGAGGGGUGGAAGGAUAAGAAGAAACGACUGUUACCACGUAUCGAAAUGGAAGAAAGGCGCAAGGGAGGUGCUGCUAAAUAGUGUUGCAAAGGCACAGGGGGGGAGUCCGUUGGGUGGCCCCCCCGUGCUAGAUGGGGUAGACAACAAAGUGGAGGGCAGAAGCUGUAGUGAUGACCGUGCAGGUUUCCGCGCUGGGGAUAGCACUGGGGGCGGCAAUGGGGACGGCACUGGGGACAGCACUGGGGACACCCCUGGAAGCUGCGCAGCGGGGCUGGACCUCUUCCAGAAUGACUGCCUACAACUGAAGCAGUGGUACCUAGGACAGGAGGUGCGGGAGAAGUGGAAGCAAAAGCACGUCGAAAAUGUUCGCUGCAACUACGAGAAAGUCCUACUAAACAAUAAGUACAACGAACUGUUCAACAUGUACAGAAAUAUAAAAAAAAAUAACGUGGAAAAUUACAAAAAGAGAGUUAAAACAAACAGAAUAAAUCCAGUCAUCUAUGUAAAAAAAAGGCUAGUCUCAGCAACAGCAAAGUAUAUUAAAAUGUCAUUCAUGAAAACGAGGAAAAUUCUUUGGAAAAUCAGAUACAUGCCAAUAAUCAAAGCUUUCGCAUUUCUCUACUACUACGGCACCAAUAAAUACACAGUCAAUAUCUACAAGUGUAUAAAAUCGUGCCUCUUUAACGCUAUUAACAAAUAUGGGCGCAAUAAUAUUAAGCCCGUUUUUCACACGCUGCAGGCUAACAUGGGUGGGUACACCAAAAAAAUUAAUAUCCGAGCAAAAGGGAAAACGGACAUCAUACGCGAGCCGCACACGCACAUUCGGGUGGUGCUCGAGGUGUAG